AUGAUUGUUUCCGAACCGUACCGCAAACGUAUGUUUAUCACACUAUGUGUUAUUGGACUAGUCGGGAUAGCUACAUUAGCUCUAGCUGCUGCCACUCUUGGUACAUUAAUUAAACGAUUCGAUUCAAUAGUUUCGACACCAACAACAAGCAAACCAAAGCUUAAUUCAACUUUGGCUGAAACCAUUCGAAUCGAAGAUCUUAUGACUCACUUACGACAAUUGCAACGCAUAGCCGAUGAAUCAAAUGGUACGCGAGCCAUUAACACACGAGGAUUCAAUGAAACUGUGAACUACAUAGAGAAAUAUUUAAAUGAGCAAGGAACUCUCUUGAAAGUGACGAGAGAAACAUUUAAAAUACGAAAUUUUGCUAUUGCAACAGAUCCAAUAUUGCUGUCAUUAAUCAAUGGCACAGAAAAAAAUUAUACCUAUUCAUCAAAGCUCGCUAGAUCCGAUUUUACUUAUGCUAUUUAUUCCACUGAAGCUAACUUUUCCGAUUAUGUUCCUCUUAUCAAUAUUCCAAAUUUUGGCUGUGCGAAAAAUGAAUGGCAAAAUACACAAGGUUUUGCUGCACUUGUUAAAGCAGGAGGCCCAUGCACAUAUGCCGAGAAGGGUAUUCUUGCUGGAAAAAAUGACGUCAAGGCUUUACUCUUCUACAAUGAUGGCGAAACAAAUGCCAAUCUUGCUCCGAUAAGUGUACGUCUGCGUGAAACAAACAAAUUGCCUGCACUUUACCUAUCUUAUGCAGCUGGACAAGCUCUUGCCAAUGCCACUCUUUCUACUCUGGUCAUGGUGAAACUUUCAAUUCAACUGCAAAACUUAGAAGAUUUUCCAGUGGAUAAUAUUUGUGCUGAUACUACAGAUGGAGACGUAACUCAAACGAUCGUUGUAGGAAGCCAUAGUGACAGUGUUCCAGCCGGACCAGGCAUUAAUGACAAUGGGAGUGGAACGGCCGCUAAUCUUGUUUUGGUCACAAAUUUGGUUCGUUUAUAUCGAACAACGAACUAUACUAAAUAUAAAUAUCGUAUUCGUUUCUGUUGGUGGGCUGCAGAAGAAAUUGGUUUGGCUGGAUCGAGUUAUCAUCUUCAAAAGGCUCAAAAUGCAAAUACUCCAGGUGAACGUCGCUCUGAUUAUUUGAUUAACCUCAACUUUGAUAUGGCUGGCUCACCUAAUUUCAUUUUUGGAAUUUAUGAUGCAAAUACGGCACCGAGUGAGACCCCACCACAAGCAAUACCUGGUAGCAAAAAAGUUACAGAGUUGUAUCGUGACUGGUUCAUUCGACAGAAUUUACCAUGGGACUAUCGAGCUUUUAACGGUCGUAGUGAUUAUGGACCAUUUCUAGAGGCAUGUAUAGCGGCUGGUGGGGUUGCAACAGGAUCAGAUGCUAUUAAAACGGCAGCACAACGUGAAAAGUAUCGUCAAUCUGUUGGAGAGAAUAAUGCUGGUUUUGCAGGAGCGAUCCUUGAUCCUUGUUAUCAUCAGGCAUGUGAUACUUUGGCAAACAUCCAUUUGUUUGGUUAUGAAAAUCUGGUUCAAGCAGCCGCAUAUGGGCUUGAAUAUCUUGGCCAGCAUUCAAACUUGGCAGAAUGGCUAUAUCCGAAUGGACGAACAUGUGAACUGUGA